UACUGUAUAUCUGGUCAAAAAUAGAUCCAAGUGCCCGUUUUAAAAAAAAAUACAAAUAUUCAGUUAUGUGCACUCCGCUAACCGAUCGACAUCCUUUGAAAAAAUGAAAUCGGAAACUGCAUCGAACUGUGCGCGCAGUUGCAUGAUACGGAUUUUCUGCACGUAGACGCCAACAAGUUCGCUAGCUGGAUAUAGCUAGUUUGCUAACGUUCGCAGUAGCUAGCCUGCCGUUUUCCUUUCCUAUUUUCAGCAAGAUCUACCUGACACCAAGCUCGCCUGCUGUUUUCCACAGUUGCAAAUCGAAACGACUAAAAAUCAGUCGACCGGCGGCUACCCGACGUUAGCGAUAGCUGUUGUGUAGGAGGAAAAAACAUUAGUUAUCUGUUGCCCGCUUAAGCUGCCCAAAACUACCCUUAGUUAUCGUCACCAUGGCCUUUAACUUCCUACAUAUGGAUGAGUCUUCCCCGGCGUCUUUAACGGACCUGUGCCUGACCUAUGUAAGCCAAAACCUGGAAUGUUUCUGCGUUAAACGCGCUGAUGGCGCUCUCUGUCUCAGAGAGGCUGUUCUCUUCCCACAAGAGUUGGCAGACCAGCUUUUGGCCAAGAUGGCAGUAGAAGGUCUACUAAAUGACAGUACAGUGGGUGUGUUCCGAAACUGGGAAUACCUGCGGCUGAGGCGAGCAUGCAUCCGCACAGCACGUAUCUCUGCAGAGGCCUUCCAGAGAGCCCUCUGCCCUCACAGACUGCUGGAGUUGGAUGCUGCUAGAGUCAAUGCGGACCUCACCAUUGCUGAUAUAAUUCAGGGACUGGCUACGAACAAACACUGCCAGGAUUCUCUCCAACGUCUGGUUUUGAACGGUCUCACCAUGUCCUCUCUAGAGGAGCCAAGCCACCACCGCUUCAGCUCCCUCCAGGGUCUUCGCUCCCUCUCACUAGCAAACGUAGACUUCUAUGACUCAGGGCUGGCCGACGUGUGUUGCCUGCCAAGGCUGGAGAGCCUGGAUCUCUCCAACACUUCAGUCACCAACCUGAGCCCUCUCCUAGGGCUGAGGGAGAGGCUCCGCUCACUAACACUUCACCAGCUGAAGAGGCUGGAGAUGAGCACUGCUCAACUACUGGGAGUCAUAGGGCAGCUGAAUGUACUUCAGCACCUGGAUAUCAGUGAUGAUAAGCAAUUUACCUCUGACGUGGCUCGUCAACUCCUUGGGCAGCCAGGGAUUAUGCCCUCUCUCGUAUCCCUGGAUGUGUCAGGGCGGAAACAGGUGACAGAUGCAGCUGUUAGAGCAUUUGUUGAGGAGCGACCAGGAAUGACCUUUGUGGGACUCCUGGCCACAGACGCUGGCUUUUCUGAUUUCCUUUCUGGAGAGGGAACUCUAAAGGUGACUGGAGAGGCUAAUGAGACCCAGAUCUGUGAGGCAUUGCGUCGCUACAGCGAGAGAGAAGGGUUUGUUAGAGAAGCUCUGUUUCAUCUCUUCAGCCUCACCCAUGUCAUGGAGAAAGCACGGCCUGAUAUCCUUAAGCUGGUGGUAUUAGGUAUGAAGAAUCACCCUACCACUUUGAACGUCCAGCUAGCAGCCAGUGCCUGUGUGUUUAACCUGACCAAGCAAGACCUGGCUGCUGGGAUGCCAGUCCGACUGCUGGGCACGGUCACCCAACUGCUACUGGAGGCUAUGAGAACCUUCCCAAACCACCAACAGCUGCAGAAGAACUGUCUGCUGUCUCUGUGUAGUGACCGUAUUCUACAGGAAGUCCCAUUCAACAGGUUUGAGGCUGCCAAGUUAGUGAUGCAGUGGCUUUGCAACCAUGAGGACCAGAACAUGCAGAGGAUGGCUGUGGCUAUCAUUUCUAUACUGGCUGCAAAGUUGUCCACAGAGCAGACAGCUCAGUUGGGAGCAGAGCUGUUCAUAGUGAAGCAACUCCUCCACAUUGUGCGUCAGAAGGCAACGCAGGGCGUGGUCGACGCCACCCUCAAAUUCACGCUGAGCGCGCUCUGGAAUCUCACAGAUGAAUCACCGACAACCUGCCGCCAUUUUAUUGAGAAUCAGGGGCUGGAUUUGUUCAUUAAAGUCCUGGAGUCCUUUCCCACCGAGUCAUCCAUACAGCAGAAGGUUUUAGGGCUGCUGAACAACAUAGCGGAGGUAGGAGAGCUGCACGGAGAAUUGAUGGUGCAGGGAUUCCUGGACCACAUCUGCUCUCUGCUCCACAGCCCUGAGGUGGAAGUGAGCUACUUUGCUGCAGGAAUCCUGGCUCACCUCACCUCCCGGGGGGAAGAGGCCUGGACACUCAGUCUCAGCCUCAGAUCCUCGCUGCUCCAACAGCUGCAUACUGCCAUCUUGAAAUGGCCCACACCAGAAUGUGAGAUGGUGGCCUACAGGUCGUUUAACCCCUUCUUCCCCCUGCUGGAGUGCUUCCACACCCCUGGAGUCCAGCUCUGGGCUGCCUGGGCCAUGCAACAUGUCUGCAGCAAGAACGCUUCCCGCUACUGCAGCAUGCUGUUGGAAGAAGGUGGUCUGCAGCAGCUGGAGCUUGUUCAGGCACACCCACUGACCCACGGGGAUGUCAAACGACUGGCUGAGAGCAUCCUGGAGAGUCUGAAGCGCCAUAGAGCUCGCACGGGCCAGCCAGCACUCACACAUACGUGUCGCCGCCCACCGCCACCACACACAGAGAAUAAUACUCCCUGACCAAGAUGAGUACUUCAGAUCAGUUCAGUAUCACUACAGAAGAGAUUGAAGUGUGUGUGCGUGUGUGUACGUAUCCCCCCCCCCCCACACACACACACACACA